CCUUUCCUUCACCUCGCCCAAUAGCGUCACCUACGGCACUCGCGUCCCAACGCCUUUACCAGAUACGACGAGCGCUUAACACUAUGCCUCCCAUCGGACCGAUACACGACAAGCCCUCGCCAGGGAAGUAUGACCUAGUCAUCAUCGGCGGCGGGAGUGGAGGUAGUGGCUUCUCGCGGCGCGCGGCUUCGUACGGGAAGAAGGUCGCGCUUGUUGAGAUGACCGACCGUCCCGGAGGCACUUGUGUGAACGUCGGUUGCGUACCCAAGAAGCUGAUGUGGCAUGCCGCCGACCUCUUCGAGAAGUUCCACAACCACGCCAAGGGAUACAAGAUGACCGGCGGCGAGAACACUGUCUUUGACUGGUCCGCCUUCGUCGAGCAGCGCGAUGCGUACAUCCGCCGCCUCAACCAGAUCUACGCGACAAACUGGGCGAAAGACGGCGUCGAGUACCACAAGGGCUACGGCCGCCUCCUCUCCAAGAACCAGGUCGAAGUCGAGCUCGAGGACAAGUCCAAGUACAUCCUCGAAGCCGAUCACAUCAACAUCGCCACCGGCGGCUACCCCAUCAUCCCCUCCGAGGACAAGAUCCCCGGCGCGUCGCUCGGCAUCACCUCGGAUGGCUUCUUCGAGCUGAAGGAGCAGCCGAAGCGCGUCGUCGUCGUCGGCGCGGGCUACAUCGCCGUCGAGCUCGCGGGCAUCUUCAACGCGCUCGGCACGCAGACGCACCUGCUCAUCCGCGGCGACACCGUCCUCCGCACGUUCGACGAGACGAUCCAGCAGACGCUCACGCCGUGGAUGGAGAAGACGGGCGUGAACAUCCACCGCCAGACGCACGUCACGCGUGUCGAGGGCACCAAGGGCGGCCCGCUCACCGUGCACACCGACAAGGGCGACAAAAUCGAGACCGACGUCCUGCUCUGGGCGAUUGGCCGGUGCGCGAUGACGAGGAACAUCGGCUUGGAGGAGGUGGGCGUCAAGACGGACGAGAAGGACUACGUCGUGGUCGACGAAUACCAGGUGUCGUCCGUGCCAAACAUCACCUCCAUCGGUGAUGCGCAGGGCAAGGCGGAGCUCACGCCGGUUGCUAUUGCGGCCGGUCGUCGCUUGGGGAACAGGCUUUUUGGCCCUCCCGAGUUCAAGGACGACAAGCUAAGCUACGAUGACAUCCCGACCGUCGUUUUCUCCCACCCGCCCAUUGGCACCACCGGUCUCACCGAGAAGCAGGCCCGCGAAAAGUACGGCGACGAGAACAUUAAGAUCUACAAAGCCUCCUUCCGCUCCCUCUACUUCUCCAUGGUCGACGAGGACCACAAGGAGCCCACUGUGCACAAGCUCAUCUGCGCCGGCCCCGAGGAGCGCGUCGUCGGCAUCCACAUACUCGGCAUGGGCAGCGAUGAGAUCAUGCAGGGCUUCGGUGUUGCGGUGAAGAUGGGCGCGCGGAAGCAGGACCUGGACGCGACGGUGGCUAUACAUCCGACGUCCUCUGAGGAGCUUGUCACGAUGCGCUGAACUCGCUAGAGAGCGCUCACCUAGCUAGAGUACGGUUACGCGUUACACGGAUAUUCCACUGUAGCACUAGAUCUGAGAUGUAGAUAGAGAUGCAGAGAAGGACAGAGCGUAUCAGAUAGGAAAAUUGUCUCCGUCAAAUUACUGAGCGGUCGCGAAA